CCGAGAGACUCUCCUGAAGGAAAUAAUUUUUUUUUUUUUCGACCAUUUCCAGCCCUUAAAUCGGAGUCCAUGCCCCUCCUGCAGGGUCAGCCGUUCAGGCUCAUCAAGCCCCCCGAGCAAGCGGAGUCUGGCGGGGAUCUGUUCGUGAUACAGCACACGGGAGAGAAGUUUGUGUCGAAAAGUGACUAUGAAGACAGACUGGCUUUAUAUAGUCAGAGUAUCUGGACUUGCCAGUGCACAGGCAAAUCUGGCCUCACACACCAAGAAGCAUGGACCAGCGAGGCCAAAGUGCGAGUGCUCCUCAAUGCGUCUUUCCCAUCACCCCUCGUGAAACCCCUCCUUCAGAUGAUACACCACAGUACUUUGCCUCUUGAUCAACUGGUAGAGGCAACUUCCAGCCUUUGUUACUCUCGUUUCCAUCAAGGAGAGGAGCUAACUCUUUUAGGGCCUCAGCCAGUACAAGUACGUGUGACAGGGUCAAAGGAAGCUCCUGUACAAAUUAAAACAGAAAAUGGUGCUGCUGAGGAUGAACACACAACAAAGGAGGCCCUCAAGACUCCUACACCUGCCACCCCCAAAGUUGCAAAUGGAUGCACACCACCAGAAAAUGAAAAUUCAGUUGUUAAUGGCACAGGAAAUGGGGUGACAGAGGGUGAAGAGACCAGCCCAAGCAGUGGAAAGGGAAAGGAGGACGCGGCUGGAAAGAAGAAACUGUUGCCAUUGCUUUAUGAUGUUUCCGUCAUUGGGGAAGACAGGAACAUCUUAGACGUUCCUGCGAAAGAUCUGCAGCGAACAUACAAAAUUCCUCCCAAAGAACAUUUUCGUCUCUUCAUAAGAGCCAAUGCCAUCAGACAACGGUCGAGCUGUUACACCCCUUGGAACGUGACAGACGAACUUGUAAAACAGUACAGUAUCCAGGGUAAGUUGGCCUCCAUAUUCACACAGCCAAGAAUGGGUGCUGUCACCAAGAAGAGAAAGUUGGAAGGCCAGGGUGAAGAGAAGGUGAAAAAGCCAAAGUCGGAGAAAACAGAGGAAACGGUGAAAAAGCCUAAGCCCAAGACAGACAAGGAAGCAACUAAAAAAGUGAAGCGUGACCCCGAUGCACCCAGACGUAAACCUGGCCCUAAGCCAGGGUCAAAGCGGACUCCAAAGGUGUCACCCAAGGUGUCACCUAAAGCAGAAAACCCUGUGAAAACUCCCCCCAAAUUACAAACCCCAGUAAAAUUGGAGUCAAGUGACAGUGAUGAUGAUGUGUCCCUUGCAGUGCUUGCAAGUCGUUCACCAAAGAUGAAAAACGGUAACACAGAAUCUCCGAAAUCCAGUACACCUCCAGAACAAAAGACGCCCCCAGGCAUUGUGCCCCUGGUCAAGAGUGAGAAGAGAGAAGUACCUGAAGAAGGCAAGGAAAAUGCCAAGAAGAUGAAGCAAGCAACUCUGUUCGACAUGAAGACGCCAAGGAAAGUGGGUGCCAAAUCCCCAGGUUCUAAAGCAACCCCAAGAAGAUCACCUCAAAAGAGAGAAAUAACAGCAGAAUCUGUUAUGCGCUUACCUCUAAUGAAGAAAAUGGUGAGUGACUACAAACAUUACAAAGGAGUGCAAGGAGGAGGGCGCAAACUAGUCUACACCAUGGAUCAGGUGCUGAAGAAACUCUCCAUCCAGCAAGUAGAGGUAAUCCCUGAUGAGAGUAUAAGAAAUGAUCUGAUGAAGAGACAUGAGCGCAUCAUUGAAAAACGUAUUUUAACCAAGAUGGCACCAGAGGAGAGAGAGGAAUAUCUAAAGCAAAAGGCCAGGGAAGUGGCUGAAAAGCGCAUCCAGACCAAGCGAGAGUUGAAACGCAAGAUUGAGGACAAGAUUCUCACUGACACUAAACCGCUUCCUCAGCCAAAGCUCGUCUCCACCCCAGAGGAAAUUCCAAACUCACUCUUUGGGGAUGUGGCUAUGAUUGUGGAGUUUAUCGAUUGCUAUAGGGAAAUACUUGUACCUGAGAAGAAGAUGAGUAUUACAUGUAGCAAGCUCUUACAAGCACUUUCUGCAGGAACAAAGGGUUACAAGAUUAUUGCAGAAGUGAUAAGCCUUCUGCUGCAUGUAAUUCUUGAUGAUGAGAGAUUUGGGGAGAGAAAGGAACUAGGUGUUAAGAUCAAAGACCUGACCAUUCAUUACCAAACAGCCAUCGAGCUUGCACGACUCUGCCUUCGUAAAAAGGAGACCUCAGAUGCUGUCAGUCAGCAUUCUGAUGAUGACAUGGGAGAGGAGCAGAAUGAGCUGUCUGAUGGCUUGCUGGAGAAACUUGAGUCCUGUGAGCUGUAUGAACUCCAAACAGAAGACAUUAUUAUAGUACUGAAAGCUUUGUGUCAUCAUGCCAUGGCUUCAUAUGCAGCAAUUGAACAUGUGGAAGAAUUGGAAGAGAAAGUGUACUCUCUCUACAAGGAGCGUGCACAGAUAAAGAAACAAACAUUGAAAGAGGAGAUGGAAAAGAAGAAGCAGAAGAAGGAGGAACGCAUAAAGAAAAAAACUGAUAAAACAACCAUUACCAAAAAGUCCCCGGGCCGUCCCAAAGGCUAUAGCCCUAAAAAGAAAGCCGUCACACUGGAUUCCUUCUAUGGGAAGAAAGAGGAAGAAGAGGAGAGUGGACCAGACAUGAUAUCUAGGGUCAAGAACAGGCGACUGACUGCUGAGGAGUCCAGAAAGGAGAAGGAGCUUUUGAAGCAGCAGGAACGUGAACAGUUAAUGAAGGAAGAAGAGGAAAGGAAACGAGAGAUGGUUGUCCUGGAGUAUGAGAAAGUGCUGAAUCAGAAGGAGUGUCUGAUCCGCUUGCAGCCCUUGGGGGUGGAUCGAAAUCACGACCGAUAUUGGAUCUUCAAAUCCAUGCCAGGCCUCUUCAUUGAGAAGGGCUGGGUGGACUCCAACACCACGUAUUGUACAAAGCCCAAAUCCCCAGUAAAGGGAACAGCCAGCUCGCCCUCCAAAAUGAUGAUCAAGCAGGAGUCUGAGUCGGAUUCAGACGACAAGCCUCUCUCAGCCAUAAAGGAGGAAUUAGCCACUACACCGCAGAAAAAGGUUAGCAGUACGGCAAGUCCCCGGGGAAGGCCCAGACUGGUCAAACCACCAGAUGAUGAUGAGGAUGACACAUUCCCUUCAGUUGGACAGAAUAUGUGGUUCCAUUACGAUUCUUUAGAAGAAGUGGACAAACUCUUGGAAGCCUUGGCAGAGAAAGGUGCUCGAGAAGCUCCUCUGAAGACAUCCAUUUUAAACCACAGAAAACAUUUAGAAGAAUCUAUAGCAAAACCAAAAGAAACCCUAGACGAACUUGAGGAUGGUGCCAAACAGCUGAUGGAGUCCCUGAGGGAAGACAUCAUUCAGAUUGAGCGGGAGCUGACAGAAGGUUGGCUUGGGUCUGUGCCCGACUUCGAAGAGUGGGAGAAAAAGGCCCAAGAAGCAUCAACACAACAGGAGUUAUCUGAGUGUUUGGUGGAGGUCCAGCGCCACAUACAGUUCAAGUAUCUGAAGGGAAUCAUGGCCCCAAUUAAGAAGCCCAUGCCUUCAGAAAAUCCAGAAUUACCCACAGAAUAUGAGGAGUUGGAGAAUCCUGCAGUUCAACAAUGGAGAGAUUCAGUAAUGAACAGCCAAACCCUGUCCCGGUUACACCUGCUUGUGAGCAUGUUUGAUUCAUGCAUAAAGUGGGAGAAAUCCAUAGCCACAAAGAAAUGCAAAGUGUGUCGUCAUCAAGACACAAGUAUACCACUUGCCAUCUGUGACCAAUGUGAAGGUAGUUACCACUGGAACUGUAUGCGUCCACAACUGCGUGAGACACCACCUGAACCUUGGCUGUGUCCUGCUUGCCAGCCGAAAAAGAAUAACAGAGUUAACAGAGAGAGAAGUAAAGCUGGACAAGGAGAAGAGGAACCUGAAGUCCGAGGUGAAAUUAAGCAGGAGAAGAUUUGCAGAGUAUGUGAGCGUGGCCUGGGCCUCAUCUUUUGCAGCAAGUGUCCUGCUGCUUACCAUUCAGAGUGUCAUGACCCACCCCUCCAGACACGAGCCAGGAAGGAUUGGGAGUGCGUCGACUGCAAAAGUGCUUCUUCAAAACAGAAGACACGAUCUGGGCGAUCAGUCAGCUCAAGAACACCAUUCCAGGCAGAAAAAGAAACGACUAAAGAAAGCAAAAGUCGGUCAAGAAGUGGAGAAAAAUCAAAGAAGCGAAGUGGCAGUAGCAGCAAGGGAAGUGGUGGUGGAAGACAAUCCUUGAGGCGUUCAGCGAGAGCGCGGUAUACAGAUUCUGAUGAUGAAGAGGAAGACGAUGACGAUGAAGAUUAUGAGGAGCGUCCAUCAAGAUCAAGGGGCAGUAGGAGGAGUUCCCGAAGAGCCACUGGAAAGAAGAAUUACAGAAUUGUUAGUGAAGACGAGGAGGAAGAGGAAGAGGAAGAAGAAGAGGAGGGUGAAGAGGAAGAGGAGGAAGUGGAAGAAGAGGAGGAGGAGGAGGAGGAAGAUUAUGAGAUGAGCAAUUCAUGCGUGUACUGUGGGUUAGGACCUAAUAAGAAAAGUGGUCAUGUACAGCUGCUGCCUUGCAUGACCUGUGAUUCUGCUUUCCACCUCCAAUGUGCCCGUAGUCAUGGCCUAACUGCUACUUCCAAGAAUUUGGCUUCAUACCAGUGCUCUAGAUGUUUAAGGAAUGGUAGAAGUCCAUCUAAAUCUCCCAUGAAAAAGGCCAAGAAUGCUGAGGAAAAGGAGGAUGGAAAGGAGAAUGAUGAAGAGGAGGAGGAAGAAGAGGAAGAGGAAAAUGAAGGUGCAGAAGAAGAGGAGGAAAAUGAGGAUGCAGAAGAGGAAGAGGAGGAGGAGGAGGAAAAUGAUGAGAAUGAUGCCCAAGAAGAGGAUGAUGACAAUGAAGUUGGGGAAGAGGAAAUGGAUGUAGAUGAAGGGGAAGAGGGAGAUGCUGAGGAUGAGGAGGAGGAAGAGGGUGAAGACAUUGAGGAAGACAGUGAGAGGGAACAAUAUGAGAUGGGGGAGGAGGUGGUGGAGGAAGAAGAGGAGGAAGAAGACGAUAAUGAGAAUGAGGAGUCAGAAAGUGAAGAUGAAUAAUUAUUCACCAGUGAGUUAACAUAAUUAAGAAGAGAGGAAAAAUAUUGUCUGAUGUUCCAAUGCAUCUCUGAAGGCAAAGAUAUUAUCAUGAUUUUGUGUAGACUAAUCCCCAGUCACCAACACGGCUGUUUUUCCUCACCCUUGAUUCUUCUCUUCUCUUUCUUUUUCUUUCUUUUCUUCCCUCUUCUCGUGUCCUCUUUUCACUUCUCUUCUCUUCUCUUGGCUCUUGUCUCUUUCUUUUCCUUCCUUUUUUUUGUUCUUUCCAACAGCCUACAAGAUCUGUUUCAGGGGGUCUACAUCAGGUAGAAUGUACUUAGAGACAACAGUGAGAAAUUGUCACUUGUAGAUCAUCAUUGAUCAGUAAGUCCCCCCCCCCAUCCCUCUCCCCCUCCCCCCAGUCAGAAGGCUGUUAGUACCAAUAAGUUCCAAGGGAAAACUAUGUACUGAUUAGACAUGUAUUAGACAUAUAUCAGGGUCUGGAAUAGCUAGGAAACUCCAUUGUAGCUUAUAGAUGUUAUGGGAGGUACCUGUUUCGUUUAUGUAUUAUCUCUCACUCUCUGCCUUCCUUUUAAUUGCAGCAGUGGGUGUAGAAUGUAUACUUUUGUUAGGCAGAGGCAUUCUGUUGCAGGAAAAGCUGUCAUCUUUUAACAAUUAAUAAAGAGGAGACUUUUAUAUAUGCAUUUAAAGGCAUUGAAGUAUUGGCACUUGUAGUACUGUAUUAACUUUUUUUAUUAUGAUCUUUAUUAUCAUCACCAAACAGAUUUCCAGUGUAAUGUUUAAAAAGGUUUCCAAACUGUUUAAAAAAAUAUGUACAUACACAUACAUAUGGAUCUGUUUUAUUUAAAAGAAAGGAAGGAAAGGUUUUGAAGCAUUUAUUUGCUGUGUAUGCAAAACAGCUGAACUACAUGAGACAACCAGACUCUGCUUGUAACCUGUGGUCACCAAGUACCACGAGUGAUAGCUUUAUCUCUCUCAUUAGGAGAAUUCUUUUUCUAUGUGAAUAUUUUGCCAAGUGUCCAACUGCAAAUAUUAUCACAUUCCAGAACUGUGGAUUAGGAGUUAAGUGGUGGGUAGAUAGUUGUCAGGUAUGAUGGUAGCUAUAUAUUAUAUAUAUAUUCAUCUACUAAUGCUGAAAUGUUGAAUUAUAAGAUAAUGAUAAUAAUAAUAAUAGUAAUGAUAAUAUUAAUAAAAAAACAACUAAGAAACACCCUCCAUAUCUCAAUGUGGCCCUUAUAUACUGCUUCCAACGUAGAAAAUAAUUAGUGAAAGUGUUCUGUUGAACUUUCCUCUGUACCUAGUUCCCUUCCCCCUCUCCCCACUUUCUUUGUCCCCAGUUACGGUACCCUUUUUCCUCGUAGAUUAAUGUCACUUGUGAUUUAUUAGAUUUGUAUUGUUUUGUUUUCAAAAAAAAAGGUUCUGUUUUUGUUUGUUUCUAUUUUUUUGUUUUGUUUUCUUUCCUUCGUACUUUUUGUUUUUUCAUCUUUAUUUUCUGUCUUCACAUUUUGUCAUAUUUCUUUGCAGUGUUCAUUAGUAAAUUGAUAUCAUUAUGUUUUCUUCUCCUUUUGGUCCUCCUUUAUAUUCUUUCUGCCUCCUUAUCCUCUAUUCCUUUUGUUCUUCCUAUCAGCUUUUGUCUUCCUCUCCUUGCCCUCUUCCCUUUUUGGAUCCUACCCUCUGUCUCUUCUUUCGUCCUCCUCCUCCUCCUCCUCUAUCUCUUCUCCAUUUCUUCCUUCCAUCCUCCCUCCCUCCUUUUUUCAUGUCUUAUCCUCUUUUAUUUACUACUUGAUUUUUUGGGCCUUCUCUCUCCCUAAUUUCCUAAUACCAUUUUGAUAUUUACUAAACAUUUUGAAAUGCAUUUAGCAUCAUGACAAGUGUCCAUCUUGGCAUAUAUUAGAUUUUGGAUCUGAUAUUUUUUCUGUGAAAAGUAUGGUUAUAGAACACAUCUAUUUUGUGAUACUUAUGUAUAUAGGUCCUAUUUAUUCUAAUGACUCAUUAUUCCAAGUUUCUAGUUUCCAAGUGAGUGUUGUCAAUGACAAUAUACCAUGAGAGUUAGAAACUAGAUUGUGAAAUUAGUUGUGGAGGCAUCUUUGAAUUUGCCUAAAGCAACGGUGACAUCUAAACCUUAGGACUUUUAGGUUAUAAGUAGCAUCCUGGGAACCUAUUAUGGUACAAGUUAAGGGAUAUAUUUCCCUGUGUUUGAGCGAUUUGCAAAAUUAGCCGCACAUUUUGUGUCCAUAUGAAGUAUUUCAUAUGUUACACCAAGCAUUGGAACCUCUUUCAGAGUAUGAUGAUAUAUUUCAUAGCAGACUCUCUCCAAUAGCAGCUUUGAAAUUGAUAGGAAACAUGGGUGGGAGGGAAUUGUUUUGAUAAGGAAGGUGCAUUGUAGAAGUAGACAUUAAUGAUAGUAUGUAAAAGGCAAUAAUUGUAUGGAUCAAUUUUAGGAGGUAAUUCUUUCAGUUCUCAAGCAUAUUAUUAGGUGUAAGAGGAAGCAGUGGGAACGGGAAUUUUUGUUGUGAUGGGGAGGAAAAAUCAUUGUGUAUAGCUAAUGUUAAAAAUUAAAUUGAUGAACUUUUUUGUAUACAUGACAAAAUUUCAUUCCCAUAGUUAUCUGUAAUUUAUCCUUUUGUGUAGAAUAUUUUUAUCAAAGUUUUAAGAUAUAAAAGUUUUUGCAGAUUAUUUUUAUCACUUAUAAACAAAUGUUAUAUAAGUGUGAAACUAAUUUAGGUAUUCAGAAUGUAAUAUGUUAUUCAGACCAUGUAAUGCAAGUGUUAUCUUGCCAAAUGACCCCUGUAAUGAUAAAUUUUGCAGAUACAAGUCAGGCAGGGACAUCCAGCCUCUGAAUUUUGGAUUACAGAUAUAUACAUAAUGCUCUUGAAAUUGUCAAAAUUUUAUUAUGUGAUGGAAACCUUACAUCAGUCUUCUUUGGCUGAAACGUGCACUAUCAUAAUUUAAUGACGUAGCAGAGGGAAUAUUUACAGUAUUGUGAUUCUGACAGAAUUGGUUAUACCAAUAUUUUAUUAUGCGACAGAGGGAAAUUUCACAUCAAUAUUCUUAGCUAUGUAUUUCUUUUUCUGGUUUUGCAGUCUUCUUUUGAAAACGCUGGAGGGAAGCACACGUGUAAACUAAUCGUUUUGUAUCCAGUCUGCCAUAGUCCCAUGAUGCAUUUUUUCCUUUUUGUUAUUUUAUUUUUUCACUUCUUGGAGUAUUUCAUGUUCUGUGAAUCUUGAAAAUAUUCUUUUGAUUUUGCUAUAUCUUUCGUCUUUUUUUUUUUUUUUUUUUUUUUUUUUUUUUUUUUUCUGAAUGGCCUAAAAAGGGAAACAAAUUUGCAAAUAUAUUUAAUGUAUUUGUGAUAUUCCUGCAGCAUUUGUUCACAGUGAUUCCAUACAUACUCUGUUCCCAGACCCUCUCUACUAAUGCUGUAGCAAUGUACAAUGACGAUCACUUUAAUCCCACAAGUCUUGCUUCUCGGUAUGCGUUUGUUAUUUGUAUCCAUGAAUAUAUAUAUAACAGCUUUUGAGUAAAGCCAGUUUGAAGUUUUGAUAUAAAGAUAUUUCCAGUGAAGCCUGGGUUGUGUGCAUCUGGCCAUUGUGUAUCACAUCCCUUCAUGACAGCAGUACAACACAUAUGACUGCAUCAUUCAUCAUGGUUGCACAAUGCAGUUUGUUGCAGUGGACAGUAGCAAUGCACGAUGGGGCAAUUGUCUCUGUUAUUAUUUUUUACAGGAUGUGCUCUCAGUUCUAUGAGCUAUAUUGACAUGCUUCCUACAUUAAAAGUUAUAAAGGCUUUUAUUUUUUUAUGUUUACUAAGUUGUGAUGGUCACAAAUACAUACUUAAUAAUAGUUGGUAGGUUGGUAAUUGUAGCACAAAGUUUAUUUACCAGUGAACUGCAGUUACUUCUUUUUGCCUAUUUAGAUACCGGUACAUUGUGAUAAUUGUUUGAUCAUACUGUUGAAGUAACAUGAGUGUCUAUAUGAACUCUCCUGUGUUCAUAUACAUGUGCAUGUGAAAUGGUGUGUCAGCAUUAAUAAAAUACCUUAAGAGAACAUGACAGAUCACUGUACAUCAUUCAUAGAGAACUAAAAAAAAGUAAUUAUAGUGAAAGUUGGCAGUUUCCAAUGUGGAAUUGACUUCUCUUUCUCCUAGUUUUGACUGAUGCAAGAUUCCGUGUGUCAGUAAAGUAUUGAGUGAGAAAAUUUUACAUCGGUCACUAUAUAUAUAUAUCAAGGUUCCUUCAGAGAGAGAUAAUCUCAAGUAACUGUUCUACCUCCAUAUGUUUACUAUAGAAAUUGACUGUUAACCAUGUGCUCUUCUCUGUGAUGUUUACUUUAUGGAUAUUUCGCUCAUUGCACGUUAAUACUAAUGAUUGCAGUGAUCCCUUUUGUUGACUUAUGCCUAUGAUUCCCGGGAAAAAAAAAGUUGUAUUAAUUGAUUGCAGUCACAAAUGCAAUGUCAGCAUUACAGUUUGCACAAUUGCAAGGGAAGUAAAGGAUUUUCCUCAAUAGCCAACAAAUCUGCUGUUCACUUACUCUUUUGUGAAUCAUGACCUGCAAACUCUACCAGUCAAGUCACAUCGUAAUCAUGUGAAUUCUGGUAAAGAGCUUUGAAAGAAUGUGCAUUUAUGUGUCUGAGAGUAUUUUUGAAUGGUUGUGUGUGUGUGUGUGGUUGCAUGCGCAUGCAUGCCUGUGUGAAUGUGUCUGCAUGUGUGUAUAUAUACUAUAGCAAUAGUCAUAAUGAAAUGCUUUCCAAGUGGUAAUCUUUCAUAGUUUUUUCCCCUUCCCCUUUUUAUGGUAUCGGCAUUACUGUAUUUCCUACUUGGCUUCUCGGGUAAAAGAAAAUAGAUAAAACGACUACUGAACACCUGUGUUUUGAUAUUGGCGACUCAUCUGGACUCUGAAUGUUCGAUGUCAAAUAGCAAGGAUGAAGGAAUAACCAUGCUGCUUAAACACAGCUACCACAUAUAUUGAUAUGUAAUUCUUCAUACGUUUUGAAGCACUGUAGCUAUCUAUUUUUCAUGUAAUAAUAAAUAGUUGAAAGGA